CUCUUUCUCUCUCUCUCUCUCUCUCUCUUUCUCUCUCUCUCUCUCUCUCUCUUCCCUCUCUCUAUCCGGACGUGGGUGCUCGGAUUCCUCCUCCUGGCUCAGGCUUCAGUUUCAUCAUGUGAUAAGCUGGCACAUGACGCUCAUGGCUCGCACGCCGCCCAUGGUACCCACGCCGCCCAUGGCUCACACGCCGCAGGAAGCUCGGGCCACUCUCCCCACCCCACAGCUCACGCGCCGCACCCCACAGCCAUCCCACAGCUCAGCUUCCCGGCUGUCCAAGGCUCUUAUGCCCCUCCCCUUGCAGGCUACCCCUCCCCCACUCCCUACGUGGCCCCUGGCUACCCGUCCUAUCCAGUGCCCACGGCCUAUGGCACACCGAGCCCCUAUGGAGGGGUCCUUGCUCCCCAGUUCCCGACAGCUGGGUAUGGAGCGCCCUAUAGCUACGCGACGCCCCAGUAUUCCGUGCCGCUGCUAGGGUAUGGGGGCACCGUCGUACCCCACGCUGCUCCUAAAGACUCAUAUGCAGCGCCUGAGCCAGAGCCCGCUGCUGACUACAAGGCGCCUGCUGCAGACUACAAGGCACCUGCUGCUGACUACAAGGCGCCUGCUGCUGACUACAAGGCGCCUGCUGCUGACUACAAGGCACCUGCUGCUGACUACAAGGCGCCUGCUGCUGACUACAAGGCGCCUGCUGCUGACUACAAGGCGCCUGCUGCUGACUACAAGGCACCUGCCGCUGAUUACAAGGCACCUGCUGCUGACUACAAGGCACCUGCUGCUGACUACAAGGCGCCCGCUGCUGACUACAAAGCCCCAGCUGCUGGCUAUGACUAUACGCCUCCUGAAACCGCUUACAAGGCACCUGAAACUGGUUACAAGGCACCUGCUGCUGGCUACGAGUACAAGGCCCCUGAGGGACUGCCCCACAGAGGUUACCAUGCCCCAAAACCAACCUACAAGCCUCCCACAGCUUACAAAGCACCCGCACAACACGGUUAUGACUACACGCCUCCCCAGACUGCUUACAAGGCCCCUGAAACUGGUUACAAGGCUCCUGAAACUGGUUACAAGGCACCUGUUGCUGACUACAAGGCACCUGCUGCUGGCUAUGACUACACGCCUCCCGAAACUGCUUAUAAAGCUCCUGAAACUGGUUACAAGGCACCAGCUGCCGGGUACGAGUACAAGGCCCCUGAGGGACUGCCCCACAGAGGUUACCAUGCCCCAAAACCGACCUACAAGCCUCCCACAGCUUACAAAGCGCCCGCACAACACGGUUAUGACUACACGCCUCCUCAGACUGCUUACAAGGCCCCUGAAACUGGUUACAAGGCACCUGCUGCUGGCUAUGACUACACGCCUCCUCAGACUGCUUACAAGGCACCUGAAACUGGUUACAAAGCCCCUGCUGCCGGCUACGUGUACAAAGCCCCCGAGGGACUGCCCCAGCCUGGAUUACGAAGCCCCCAAGUCAGGCUACGUUUACAAGGCCCCGAGGGAUUGCCCCAGCCUGGGUAUCAUGCCCCAAAACCGACCUACAAGCCUCCCACGGCUUACAAAGCGCCCGCACAACACGGUUAUGACUACACGCCUCCUGAAACUGCUUACAAGGCACCAGAAACUGGUUACAAGGCACCUGCUGCUGACUACAAGGCACCUGCUGCUGACUACAAGGCACCUGCUGCUGGCUAUGACUACACUCCUCCUCAGACUGCUUACAAGGCGCCUGAAACUGGCUACAAAGCCCCUGCUGCCGGCUACGAGUACAAGGCCCCUGAGGGACUGCCCCACAGAGGUUACCACGCCCCGAAACCAACCUACAAGCCUCCCACGGCUUACAAAGCACCCGCACAACACGGUUAUGACUACACGCCUCCCCAGACUGCUUACAAGGCUCCUGAAACUGGUUACAAGGCACCUGCUGCUGACUACAAGGCACCUGCUGCUGACUACAAGGCACCUGCUGCUGACUACAAGGCACCUGCUGCUGACUACAAGGCACCUGCUGCUGGCUAUGACUACACGCCUCCUCAGACUGCUUACAAGGCUCCUGAAACUGGUUACAAAGCCCCUGCUGCCGGCUACGUGUACAAAGCCCCCGAAGGACUGCCCCAGCCUGGGUAUCAUGCCCCCAAACCGACCUACAAGCCUCCGACUGCCAGCGGAUACGAUUAUACGCCUCCUAAGUCAGACUACCUGCCCCCGAAAUCAGAUUACGAAGCCCCCAAGUCAGGCUACGUUUACAAGGCCCCCGAGGGAUUGCCCCAGCCUGGGUAUCAUGCCCCAAAACCGACCUACAAGCCUCCCACGGCUUACAAAGCGCCCGCACAACACGGUUAUGACUACACGCCUCCUGAAACUGCUUACAAGGCACCAGAAACUGGUUACAAGGCACCUGCUGCUGACUACAAGGCACCUGCUGCUGACUACAAGGCACCUGCUGCUGGCUAUGACUACACGCCUCCUCAGACUGCUUACAAGGCGCCUGAAACUGGCUACAAAGCCCCUGCUGCCGGCUACGAGUACAAGUCCCCUGAGGGACUGCCCCACAGAGGCUACCACGCCCCGAAACCAACCUACAAACCACCAACUGCCAGCGGAUACGACUAUACACCCCCUAAGUCAGACUACCUACCCCCGAAAUCAGACUAUGAGGCUCCUGCAGCUGGCUAUGUGUACAAAGCUCCAGAAGGACUGCCGCACCCAGGCUACCACGCCCCGAAACCGACCUACAAACCACCAACUGCCAGUGGAUACGACUAUACACCCCCCAAUGGAUACGACUAUACACCCCCCAAGUCGGACUACCUACCCCCGAAAUCAGACUACGAGGCCCCCAAGUCAGGCUACGAGUACAAAGCUCCCGAGGGACUGCCCCACAGAGGCUACCACGCCCCGAAACCGACCUACAAACCACCAACUGCCAGCGGAUACGACUAUACACCCCCCAAGUCGGACUACCUGCCCCCGAAAUCAGACUACGAGGCCCCCAAGUCAGACUACGAAGCCCCCAAGUCGGGUUACAAGAUCCACGACCCUUCGUACUCGACCACGAUGGACCCCAACUGGAGGCCCAAGUUCACGACUCCCUACCCAGACGCCGUGACCUUCGUCCCGCCCUACGACUACAGCCAAUACCACGACGGGUGGCUCUCCAAGGAGCACCACGCCGACGCCCACUACCAGAUCGACUACAAGCUCGACUCCGCCCACGCGCCCUCGGUCUCCACCUACGGGGGGGUGCAUCACGCCGACCACGAGCCAGGCUACGAACCGGACCCGACGAUCUACCCGGCCACCGACGCCCACGCGCCCUCGGGCGGCUACGGGUACGCCACGCCCAAGCCGGCCUAUCACGAGGCGCCCGCUGCUGACUACAAGGCACCUGCCGCUGACUACAAGGCACCUGCCGCUGACUACAAGGCACCUGCUGCUGACUACAAGGCGCCUGCCGCUGACUACAAGGCACCUGCUGCUGACUACAAGGCGCCCGCUGCUGACUACAAGGCACCUGCUGCUGACUACAAGGCGCCCGCUGCUGACUACAAGGCACCUGCCGCUGACUACAAGGCGCCCGCCGCUGACUACAAGGCACCUGCUGCUGACUACAAGGCCCCAGCUGCUGACUACAAGGCACCUGCUGCUGACUACAAGGCGCCCGCCGCUGACUACAAGGCACCUGCUGCUGACUACAAGGCCCCAGCUGCUGACUACAAGGCCCCAGCUGCUGACUACAAGGCCCCAGCUGCUGACUACAAGGCACCUGCUGCUGACUACAAGGCCCCAGCUGCUGACUACAAGGCACCUGCUGCUGACUACAAAGCCCCAGCUGCUGACUACAAAGCCCCAGCUGCUGACUACAAAGCCCCAGCUGCUGACUACAAAGCCCCAGCUGAAGACUACAAAGCCCCAGCUGCUGACUACAAGGCACCUGCCGCUGACUACAAGGCCCCAGCUGCUGCCGGCUACGACUACACCCCUCCUGCUGCCGCCUCCCUCCCCCCCCCUGACUACGGGCAAGCGGAGAGAGUCUACGGCGUCCAAGGAGCGGCACCCAUCUACGCCCCCCCCACGCUGCCACACAGGGUGAGUAGGCGAGUCGUUAGUAAGGUUAUAAGUAUUGUAGGGAGAGUCAUAAGUGGUAUUGUAAAUAGAGUCGUAAGUGGUGUUGUAAGUAUUGUAAGUAGAGUCGUAAGUGGUGUUGUAAGUAUUGUAAAUAGAGUCGUAAGUGGUGUUGUAAGUGUUGUAAGUAGAGUCGUAAGUGGUGUUGUAAGUAUUGUAAGCAGAGUCACAAGUGGUGUUGUAAGUAUUGUAAGUAGUGUUGUAAGUAUUGUAAGUAGUAGUGUUGUAGGGAGAGUCAGGGGAAACAGAGGAGCUAACGGCACCUUAGAUAGCAGCCUGGAACAUCACCGUGCUAUCAGGGGGACUGACAGGUGCUUAGAUAGGAGCCUGGAACAUCACCGUGCUAUCAGGGAGACUGACAGAAGCUUAGAUAGGAGCUUGGAACAUCACCGUGCUAUCAGGCGAUGUGACAGAAGCUUAGAUAGCAGCUUGGAACCUCACCGUGCUAUCAGAGGAUGUGAUAGGAGCGUAGAUAACAGCUUGGAACAUCACCGUGCUAUCAGGAGGACUGACAGGUGCUUAGAUAGGAGCUUGGAACAUCACCGUGCUAUCAGGGGGAAUGACAGAGGAUGUGACAGGACCUUAGAUAGCAGCUUGGAACAUCACCGUGCUAUCAGAGGAUGUGACAGGACCUUAGAUAGCAGCCUGGAACAUCACCGUGCUAUCAGGCGAUGUGACAGAAGCUUAGAAAGCAGCUUGGAACAUCUUGGUCUUUACAACAGAAUGAUCGAUCGCCCACGCUAUCAAUGGAACUGA